CUCUUUGGAGCGCGCUCGGCUGCAGCAGUGACUUCGCUGUCCCGGUGCGGGUCAUGUGCCAGAGAACCUAGCUGUCCCGCACAGCCAGACGAUUGACGCUCCGCUCUCGCUUACCUCUAACCCGCCAUGGAGUCGUUGGCUUUCCCUCGGCGCCCGGGCCCGGCUGCCUCUGCCACCGCCACCCUGACGGCGGAGCUCGCCCGGCCACUGGCAGACGGGCUCAUCAAGUCUCCCAAGCCCCUGAUGAAGAAGCAGGCGGUGAAGCGGCAUCACCACAAGCACAACCUGCGGCACCGCUACGAGUUCCUGGAGACCCUAGGUAAAGGCACCUACGGGAAGGUGAAGAAGGCGCGGGAGAGCUCAGGGCGCCUGGUGGCCAUCAAGUCAAUCCGGAAAGACAAAAUUAAAGAUGAGCAAGAUCUGAUGCACAUACGCCGGGAGAUUGAGAUCAUGUCAUCCCUCAACCACCCCCACAUCAUUGCCAUCCAUGAAGUGUUUGAGAAUAGCAGUAAGAUCGUGAUUGUCAUGGAAUACGCCAGCCGAGGUGACCUGUAUGACUACAUUAGUGAGCGGCAGCGGCUGAAUGAGCGGGACGCCCGGCAUUUCUUCCGGCAGAUUGUGUCUGCCGUGCACUACUGCCACCAGAAUGGGAUCGUCCACCGGGAUCUCAAGCUGGAGAAUAUUCUGUUAGAUGCCAAUGGAAAUAUCAAGAUCGCUGACUUUGGCCUGUCCAACCUCUAUCACCAAGGCAAGUUCCUGCAGACAUUCUGUGGGAGCCCCCUUUAUGCCUCGCCUGAGAUCGUCAACGGGAAGCCCUACAUGGGCCCAGAGGUGGACAGCUGGUCCCUGGGUGUCCUGCUCUAUAUCCUGGUGCAUGGCACCAUGCCCUUUGAUGGGCAGGAUCACAAGACGCUGGUGAAGCAGAUCAGCAACGGGGCCUAUCGGGAGCCGCCUCAGCCGUCUGAUGCCUGCGGCCUGAUCAGGUGGCUGUUAAUGGUGAACCCUCUCCGCCGAGCUACCCUGGAGGAUGUGGCCAGUCACUGGUGGGUCAACUGGGGCUAUGCCACCCGUGUGGGGGAGCAGGAGGCACUGCGUGAAGGUGGGCACACAAGCAGUGACUCCGCCCGGGCCUCCAUGGCUGACUGGCUCCGCCGAUCCUCCCGCCCCUUCCUGGAGAAUGGGGCCAAGGUGUGCAGCUUCUUCAAGCAGCACGCGCCUGGUGGCAGUGCCACACCAAACCUGGAGCGCCAGCAUUCACUCAAGAAGUCCCGCAAGGAGAAUGACAUGGCCCAGUCUCUCCAGGGGGACCCUGCCGAUGACACUUCCCCUCGCCCUGGCAAGAGCAACCUCAAGCUGCCCAAGGGCAUUCUCAAGAAGAAGGCGUCGGCCUCAGAGGGGGCCAGGGAGGACCCUCAGGAGUUCAGCUCAGUGGCGGAUGGCCCAGGGCACGCGGCACCCCUACUGCCCAGGAGGGGCAUCCUCAAGAAGCCUCGGCAGCGUGAGUCUGGCUACUACUCCUCCCCAGAGCCCAGUGAGUCUGGAGAGCUCUUGGAUGCAGGUGAUGUGUUCAUGAGUGGGGACCCCGUGGAGCAGAAGUCCUCUGAAGCCUCAGGGCUGCUCCUCCAUCGCAAGGGCAUCCUCAAACUCAACGGCAAGUUCUCCCGCAUGGCCUCGGAACUUAAGCCCCCCACUGCCUUUGGCUCUCUGGAUGAACUGGCCGCCCCUCCACCGCCAGCCCGGGCCAGCCGCCCCUUGGGUGCUGUGAGUGAAGACAGCAUCCUGUCCUCUGAGUCUUUUGACCAACUAGACCUGCCUGAUCGACUCCCCGAGCCCCCGUUGCGGGGAUGUGUGUCUGUGGACAACCUCAUGGGACUUGAGUCUCGCUCAGAGGGGCCUGGCAGCUGCCUGAGGCGCUGGCGGCAGGACUCCUUGGGCGAUAGCUGCUUUUCCCUGUCAGACUGCCAGGAGGUGACACAGACCUACCCACAGUCACUGGGGGUCUGCUCAAAGCUCAGCUGAGGGGCAGUGUGCAUUGCCCCAGCCCGGGCAGGCGCUAAGAUACAGCUGGCUGCACCCUGAGCAGGGAGCGCCUUCUCCCUGCCUCCCAGGGCCAGCACCCCAGCUCAGAAGACUGAGGUGGUUGGGAGGGCUAGAUGGGAGAAGUGGGCACAUAAUAGCCGGGGAAGAGCAGAGAAGCAGAGAGGGAAGGACUGAGUCCGAGUCUGGGUUACCUGCAUCUUGUGCCCAUGAUGGGGCUGCAGAGACCUGGAAAGAGUCCUUCAACAGCUUCUGUCCUCUUCGUUGCCAUGAGGAAGCUUGAGGUGUGGUGCCUUUCACCUGUCAAGGUGGGGAUGGACCAUCCUCACACAAAUUUGAAUCCCCAUCGACCUCUGGGGCUAGAAUGUGGUACCUCUAAAGUAUCCGGGGCAUCCUGGGAGUGAUCUGGAGUAACCCUCCCUUAUUUAUCUAGGAGUAAGAGAACACAGCCUCUGUUUCCUAAAUGGUUCCUCAAAGGUUCUCUUCCCUUUUCCAUCCUCCAAACCUGGCCUGAGCCUCCCAGAGUCGCUGCUAUGAAUCUUAAAAGACUUGAAAAGGCUCAGGCCACUGCUUAACUUCAUCUCAAGGGGCCCAGACUCCUCUGGACCCCACCUGAGACCUCACAGACUGGAACUUCUGCCUCCAAGCUGCUCUGGAAGUCUAGGUUAUGGAUGCCUCUGUUUCUCUGGACUUUUGGGACCUAGAAUGUCCUUAUUUAUUUUUCUGUUCUCAACUCUGUAUUUUUAAGUGAAUUUUGCUUUUUACAAUAAUGUGAAUGCCAUGUUCUGGGGAAAUCCAUCAUGCCAUCUAAACUUCCGGUACUGAGAGGUGUGUUUGCAAUGAUGCCCCACAGAUCAGGGGAGGGGGUCCUUUGAUACACCCACAUGUUCUGUUGCUUGCACUGUCUGGAGAUGAGUCCCUUCACUCCACACCCCAUGCUGUCUCCCCUCCUCUGUGGCCAGAAAAAAACACUCCAUUAAAACCAAGAUGAUGAAUGGAAAA